GUAGGCUUUCUGCUGGAGAAGUUUAAGCGAAACUUUAAGGAUGAUAUACCUUGGAUGUUUCCUGUUGCUCUGUGGGCUUACGCAUGUCAUGGCAAGUUAUCCCAUCUGGUGGUCACUAGCAGUGGGCCACCAGUACUCGUCACUGGGCACUCAGCCCAUCCUCUGUGGCAGCAUCCCCGGUCUGGUGCCCAAGCAGCUACGCUUCUGCCGGAACUACGUGGAAAUCAUGCCCAGUGUAGCCGAGGGGGUCAAGAUUGGCAUUCAAGAGUGCCAGCAUCAGUUCAGAGGCCGACGCUGGAACUGCACCACGGUCAAUGACAAUCUGGCCAUUUUUGGGCCAGUGUUAGAUAAAGCAACUCGAGAGUCAGCAUUUGUUCAUGCUAUUGCCUCGGCCGGAGUGGCAUUUGCAGUGACCCGUGCCUGCGCUGAGGGUUCAGCCACCAUCUGCGGAUGUGACACCCGCCACAAGGGCCCCCCUGGUGAGGGAUGGAAGUGGGGUGGCUGCAGUGAAGAUGUGGAGUUUGGGAGCAUGGUGUCCCGGGAGUUUGCUGAUGCAAGGGAGAAUCGCCCUGAUGCACGCUCAGCUAUGAACCGCCAUAACAAUGAGGCAGGAAGAAUGUCCCUCAACGACAACAUGUUCCUGAAGUGUAAGUGCCAUGGUCUGUCGGGCAGCUGCGAGGUCAAGACGUGUUGGUGGUCUCAGCCUGACUUCCGAGUUAUUGGCGACUACAUGAAGGAUAAGUAUGACAGCGCAUCAGAGAUGGUGGUUGAGAAACAUAAGGAGUCCCGCGGAUGGGUGGAGACCCUGAGACCCAAGUACAACUACUUCAAACCCCCCACAGAGCGCGACCUGGUUUACUACGAAAGCUCACCCAAUUUCUGUGACCCCAAUCCCGAGACGGGCUCCUUUGGUACCCGCGAUCGCAUCUGUAACCUGACGUCCCACGGUAUAGACGGAUGUGACCUCCUCUGCUGCGGCAGAGGUCACAACACCAGGACUGAGAAGAGAAAGGAGAAGUGUCACUGUAUUUUCCACUGGUGCUGCUACGUCAGCUGUCAGGAGUGUGUAAGAGUAUAUGAUGUGCACACUUGCAAAUAAGGACACCUGGUUCUUGCCUUUUCUCACCAAAAUUUAAAGACUUCAGCGGGCAGAAGAACAAAUACAGCAACUUAUCUCCAAGACAUGAGAGACUGUAAAACUGUCUGACCUGUUCGCAGACUCCAGGGCAGACGCAGCAGCCUUGUGUUUUGCGCUGUGAUGCUAAAAAGAGCCAGAUCUGCCUUGAUCAACUGAAAUGAUUAGAUGUUGACAUCACAAUGCAUUAUCUAUAUGACCAGCAAUGAUGGUGAUGAUGACAACAAUGUUGAUAUCUCUAGCAAUGACGAAAGAGUUUUCAUGUACUGACGUAGGAAAGGAGAACUGUCGGCUAAUUGACAAGCACCAUAUUGGUGAUUUUUUUUUCCCAUGUUCCAAGUAGUUAUUUUUGUUGAGAAUAGUACAGCACUGCCAAUGCUUUCAAGUCUACGGGGCAAACAAUGAAAGUUUUACAUUUUCUUUUAAUCACAGUUUGUUUUUGCCACAAAAAGUGAGCAAUGUACAU